CCAUACAAAAGUUAACGAUCAUGGCUCAGCGAAUUAGAGCGCGAAGCAACACAGUGAAAACCCAGAGAGAGAGAGAAGCCUUAAACACCUCCCAAUGAUUUCUGUUACAGCCCCUCUCAUCCUCCCCUACCGUCUUCCCCCCCUCAACCGAAACCCUAGCUUCCGAAUCCGAUCCUCCUCCAGCCUCCAAGAGAGAGAGCUAAGCUCGGAGCUUUACGCUUCCGCUACUUUCCCGCCAAUAUUGGCCGCGAAGAGGGUGGUCCUGGUGAGGCACGGCCAGAGCACUUGGAACGAAGAGGGCCGGAUCCAAGGGAGUUCCGACUUCUCUGUCCUCACUAAGAAAGGUGAGGCUCAGGCCGAGACCUCCCGACAGAUGCUCAUCGACGACUCCUUCGAUGUUUGCUUCUCCAGGUGGGCUCUUUCUUUCAGCCCCUUGAUACGUUCAAAAAGAACGGCUGAAAUCAUAUGGGGGUCUCGUGAGAAGGAGAUGAUUACUGAUUCUGAUUUGAGAGAAAUCGACUUGUAUUCAUUCCAAGGCCUCUUGAAGCAUGAGGGGAAAGCAAAGUAUGGUGCAGCUUUUCGUCAGUGGCAGGUAGAUGCUGCAAAUUUCAACAUAGAUGGUCAUUAUCCGGUGAGAGAGUUGUGGGCACGUGCUAGAAGCUGUUGGAAUAAUAUACUAGCCCAUGAAAGCAGGUCUGUUCUUGUGGUUGCACACAAUGCUGUUAAUCAGGCUCUCGUUGCAACAGCGAUUGGUUUGGGAACAGAUUAUUUUAGGAUUUUACUUCAGAGCAACUGUGGUGUUAGUGUGCUUGAUUUUACACCGCAACCUGAGGGAGGGUCACCAUUUAUUUGCCUAAAUCGGUUAAAUCAGACCCCCAAUUCACCUAUUGGAAGUUCUGGAGGCAGGAAAACCAGUAGGCGCCUCAUACUUGUCUGUUAUGGAGCCACACAAAGUAACAUAGAAGCUAGUGGUGCUACUUAUGGGGAUCUGCCAUUGAACAUGCUUGGAAUUAUACAGUCCCAGAAAACUGCGGAGCUACUCCUCGAUUUGAAAGUGGAUUCUAUAAUUAGCAGUCCUAAGAAAGCUUGUUCUGAGACAUCCCUGGCUAUCUCCAGAGUCCAAGAAGCUGCAGAUUGCUUGGGUGCUGACUGUGUUCCACGCUAUGUGGAGAUGAAGCAAAUGGAGCACCUUGAUGUUGAACGCAUUCUUCAGCAACCAAAUAGGGAUGCAACCGAGGUUUCAGCUCUUCAGCCUGGUUGGUUAAAUGGAUUUGAAGAUAGAAUCACAUCAGAAGUAUGGCAUCAAUCUGAGAAGGCUUGGCAGUCUCUAUUGAGUGAACUAUCUGAUGAAUCCGAGCCAGAAAAGAUACUUGUCGUAGUAGGCCACCCAGCUCUUCACAUAGCGUUGAUGGGGCAUUGCUUAAAUCUGACCAAAGAAUGGAUGGGAUCAUUUCAUGUCGACGCAGGGAGCAUCAGCGUUGUCGACUUUCCAGAUGGGCCUACCUCGAGAGGCGUUAUCCGGUGCAUAAAUUACACUGCCCAUUUGGGUAGAUGGUCGAUACCCAUCACAAGAUCCAUUAUUGAUGAUGACGAGUUUUAACUGUAAAUUUGUGUAGGUCUUGAUUUAACUUUGUAAAAAUUACAACCACUCCUUGCAUAUCAAUAUCAAGGUGGCUGUUAGUUAUAUCAUGACGUAUAAAAGAGAGAAUUUAGUAUCCAAAUUCUAAAUUUAGUAUAACAUCUUUGAAGAAUCAAAAGCCAAAUUAAAGAAUUUAGACAAUGUUUAAAAGAACAUAUUAAUUUUUUUAAUUUAGUUUUGAGUGUCUAAGUGUUUUGGGCCUAUAUAAAAAAAGCCCAAUUAAUUGACGGGGUCAGUCCAGUCCAAUAAGGACGCCCAUUUCAAUUUACAGAGGUUUUAGCCUCAGGGGUUCGAACUUCGAAGGGAAGUGAGACUGUGUUUCAGAGAAACAAAAAAUGGCAGCUUCGGUCGCUAUUGGAAGAUCCAAUCUAUUGCGUGCGAUUUACAGAGCUUCAAAGUUUUCUUCCUCAGGAACAAGAAGCUUCUCAGUGCCACUACGUCCAUCCAAUUCCGUCCCUCGUCGGACUCCAAUUCCCCCUCAUCCUCUUUCUCCAAGGUUGUUCCGACGACAACUAAGCUCUCUUCAACCCGUCCACUCCGCUGUAGCUUCCGCUUGCCUUGUCUCCAAGCUCCCCAGUGAAGUCAGCACCUCCUCCGAAGGUCAAUUUGUGAACUACCUCAGUCCAAUUUAGAACUGAGUGAAUGGCAAGAUCAAGAAUUUGUUCCAACUUUUGUCGUUGACCGAUUAGUUCUUCUCAUAAGUUGGAGUUCGAAUUUUGCUAUCUUAAUUGCUUAACAAUGCUUUUAACUUUCUUUUACGAAAUAGCAACCCGUUGAUGAUCUAUUUCUUUAGAUUCUCCUACUUUUGAUAAACUUGAUUUAACUUUGAUGAGUGAAUCUAUGUUUUCCUGUUGUUUUCGAUUAUUA